AUGGAUUCUUCGAUGCCAGAAUUCAAAAAGAAAGGAUAUACUCUGCAGAUGGACACAAACGAUAAUGUGACUGUAUGUUACUUGAAAAAUACAAGCGGUACAGAUGGGUUGUGGAAAGCUGAAAACCCUUUGCUAGAUUCUCUUCAUGUACUUGUCAUUCAGCUGGUUCUCAUCAUGUUCAUUAAUCACGUUCUCGUGUUCUUCCUGAGACCCUUGCGCCAACCACGUAUUGUAGCUGAUAUUCUUGCUGGCGUUCUACUGGGUCCAACUGCUAUCGGGGGUCAUCCUAUUAUAAGAAAAUUCGCACUUUCUUUCAACAGCUUGUUGACCUUAGAGACUGUAGCAAACUUGGGUUUGGUUUACUACAUGUUCCUGCUUGGCAUAGAGCUUGAUUUCAGACUAGUAAUACGCACCGGGAAGAAGGCUCUUAGCAUUGCUGUUGCUGGCAUUGUUGUUUCUGUACCCGUCGGCUGGUCCUUGCAUUACUAUAUACUGCGGAAUCAAAAAAGUAAAGUUUUGAAGGAGGAUGAGCAGGAACGUUUAUGGAUACAAGGACCUUUGUUUUGGGGCAUUACCCUUGCCACCACCAAUUUUGCCGAUCUCGCUCGAAUUCUUGCAAACCUCAAGCUCCUCCACUCUGAUAUUGGACGACUUGCCUUGUCUGCAGCCGUUAUCUCCGACUUGUUCUCAGGGUUUCUUUUUAUGAUGGCAAUGGCUUUUGUUAAUAUUAAUUGGUGGUCGGUGGGGUUGACCUCGGCUUUCAUAGCAAUCUUUGUAUUUCUAGUUCGCCCAGCUCUCUCCUGGAUACUCCAGUGCACAACAAAAAAGGACAGCUAUAGUGAGUUCCAUGUCUGCUUCAUUCUAACCUCGAUUGUGAUAUGUGGAUUCAUAACCGAUGCAUGUGGUGCGCAUUCUAUAGUGGGAGCUUUUGUAUUGGGAGCUAUUAUGCCUAGGGAACUAGAGAUCAAAAGCUUUCUUGUAGAGAGGAUUGGCAACUUUGUGUCCAGCAUAAUGAUGCCUCUCUUCUACUUGGUGGUUGGGCUAAGGUUCAAUGUUGAUCGGAUAUUAUAUGCAGAGAAAGGAAAACCAAAUGGAACUACCGAGUUCGAUGUCAUGGUGGCUAUCGCUCUGGCUUUUACAGCUAAAAUUGUUGGCACUUCUAUCGCAGCCUUAAUCAACAAAAUUACACUUCGAGAUAGUAUGAUUCUUGGAGUCCUCAUGAACACCAAAGGCUUAUUGGCACUCAUUAUACUCAGCUCUGCUCGAGAUCUAAAGGUCUUGAAUCAGCAAAUGUUUGCGAUAAUGCUAGUAGUGGUUUGGGGGAUCACAGUUCCCGUUGGACCAUUCCUAGCCUUCGCUUACAAGUCCAGCAAGCGUUCCCCACUAUACAAACUCAAAAACAUACAGAGUGUUGGAACCAACAAAGAUUUUCGGAUCCUUGCAUGCACUCACACUUUAAACAACACAUCUGGCAUGAUUGAGCUUAUUGAGGCUUCUAAUCCAUUAGAACAAUCCCCAAUCCAUGUAUUUGCCGUCCAACUAGUGGAACUUACCAGCCAUGCAUCGGCCAUGCUCAUCGUGCAUGACGCUUGCAAGUCCAGCAAACAUCGCCACGAGGAGGAACAAUCUAACUCUGCCUCCAAUCUGCUCGAAACCUAUGCGUUGCAGAGAGAAAAUGUCUCUGUACAAGCACUCACAGUAGUGUCUGCCUACAACACCAUGCAUGAGGACAUAUGCACCCUAGCUGAGGAUAAGAAUGUUGACCUUGUAAUCAUCCCGUUCCACAAGAAAUCUAACAUUGAUGAUGGGACGUUAGAGGAUUCCAAUCCUUCUUUCUUGGGUAUCAAUAAGAAUGUGAUCGAAAACUCGCCGUGCUCUAUAUGUGUCUUUGUGGAUCGUGGGCUUGCUGCAUGUAGAAUAUUUAGUAACUAUAACAAUGAUUCUGCUGGCUCUGCGAGCGCAGUUAGAAGACAUAAGAUUGUCAUGUUAUUCCUUGGAGGGACAGAUGAUCGAGAGGCAUUAGCAUAUGCAUGGAGGAUGGCUGGCCAUUCUGGGAUUCACUUGACGGUUAUUCGGCUUACCUUGCCUAGAACAUCGACAGUAGAACCGACGAGACUAGAUGACAAAGACAAUUUUUUGGAGGAAAUGGCAAGCACUCAAAGGCAGAACCAAUUUGAUGACUUAUGCAUUGAUGAGUUCAGGCUUAAGACUAUGAACAAUUCCACUAUACGACUAUUUGAAGAGCAAGUAAGUAGUUGGGAAGAAAUUCACAAUAUAUUAAGGAGCAUGGAAGGGGAGUAUGCUCUGUGCAUAGUGGGAAAGGGCCAUGGAAUGACAUUAUCCUUCAAAGAAACAUCAAUGGAUUACGACGACGACGAUUAUGAUGAGCUUGGAGCACUAGGAGAAGCAUUGAUAUCUUCGAGAUUUAUGACGAAUACAUCAAUUUUGAUAAUAAAGCAGGGUGCUCCUUUGGAUGAAAGAAAGGUAGAGAAUAAGAUGGGGCAUGUAGAAGAACAGUUAGGUCAUUCAAUUUGGCAACCUCCCCCCAGAAAAACUACUGACAGUGUAAUUCAAACCGAUAAUUUGUAA